GAAAAUUGGAAAGCUUUCCAAUUUGAAAGAUAAGUUUCUUUCAUACUAAAGUUUUAAUGUCUUGAUGAGCCGAAGAUAAACGGAUAUUACAUUGCCAAUGUAUAAUUAAAACUACGCAAGCUUGGUUGCUAUAGUAAGAAGUACUGCGGUAUCACUCUUAGAAUGUUUAUGGACGGGCUUGUUUCAUAGGAUUGGACGUUGGAGAUUACCUUUGACACGGUGGAAGCAUGAAAUUUAAACUUCCAUCGUUUCUUCGCUGUCUAAAAUGCAUAUAUAAGUUAUAUGUGUGUAUAUUGUGUGUUUACAAGGGUCGAAAAAGAACCCCGAAUUCGGUUCAGCAGCAUCUAGAAAUUUCAUAAACAAAGAACCUUUAAAGAACAAUAGAAAAGCAGGAAACGCACUGAUUGGUUUGAUAUUGACAGCUGUCAAUAACUUUUAACCAAUAUCUGGCGCGGGCUCGGGUCAUGUGCAACCAACCGGAAACCUUUUAUUGUCUCGUGAUUGACAGCUGAGCGAAUGAAUUGAAAGAAAGAACGAGGGCCGCUGAACAGAAUGCAAAUUGCAGAUCGCCUGAUUUCAAAUAAGUCAGAAGAAAGAGCUUGAAUUAUAAUACUUGCAUUGGCUACACCUAUGGGCCUUCUUGUUGUCGACAUAAUUGGACCAAGCUGGGCUUUUCGGAGUUAAAGUGUCGCGGAAUUGAGCAAAGCUUCUGGGAAAUUCGCCGUCUGGUUUAUCACGUUGUGUUCUUGUUGUUGGCUACAUGCGUACAGUUGAGGAGAAAAUUACUUGAUUUCUGCGCUUUCCGAGCAUUUUUCUACGGUAAAUUUGUGUUGAUCUGGGGAGCACGUUUGUCGCCCAAUCAAUGGAGAUUGAAAACUCAUCUGCGAAGUUUGCAGCAGCGAAGAAGACUCCUGUGAUAAUCUCUUUAAGAUCUUUGAAUGAAGAUUUGACUGCGAAGGCAAGAGAAGAAAAUAUAGCCGUGGCGAAUGGGCAUUCAAGGCCACAGGGGAUGGUUACCAAGGCAACUAGCAAUGGUGACGUGUCAAUAAAUGGUCAAACUAAUUACAACCAAUCAGGUGCAACUGCAGCUGGGUCAGUUUGUAAAGCACCUCUCAUAGACGACAGUCUUAUCGCUGAUGACGAUGGGGGACUCCCUUUAAUCUCUGCUGUAUAUUCCCUUGCAACGAAUGGCAACCAGCAAAAUGGCGAGGAAUCCAUGGGGAUAUCGGUGACUUCUAAGGCAAGCUCACCGCAAAUCAUCAAUCUUGGGAAGGCGGUGUCUCUUAAUCCAAGUGCUCUCAUCAAAGAUCGAAACUCACUCGGUACUCCUGCGGUGAAAGCAAAUCUUUCGACUGGAAUUCCAACGAGUGCACUUCAGAACAGGUUAAGUCCGCCAUCUAAUAGCGUCGGCACCAGCACGUUAAUAGUUAAGACACCAAGUGAGACCUUGAGAUCAGAAGGUACGCUGACGUCAGAACCCCAUGAAAGAAAGGCAAGCGCGCAUGCUCCGGAUCCUCAAGGACAACAGUCUUCAGGUGUUCUUCAGCUCGUCAAAUUAGUGGACAGCGUCUCGAAACAACCACCCCCACCUCCUUUGACAACUCCGACUACCGUCAACAGCCAAUCACCGUCUCUGGUAUCCCAAACCAGUUUGACUUGUAGUAGUCCAGUUAAACAAGGGGCACAUAUACCCAGACAGAUUGCAAUGAAGCAGCCUGGCACCACUACGUCUAUCGUGUUGAACCUUAAACCAGGCGAGCCUUUGCCGAAGGCGAUUAAUUUGCUCGGCCCAGACGGAAAAUCUGUCGUAUUUCUGUCGUUAACCGAUGGUGGUAAACCCCUUCCGCCGCAAAUCGUACAGGCUGGUGGAAAGAUUUUAAUUCCAAUCUCGUCAUCGAUAGGCUCUUCCCUUGCGACAAAUCAGGUCAGUUUUGUAAACAAGGUUGCAAAUGUUUCGAGUGGACAAGUGCCCAUUGCACCUCACCCAGGUAGAACAGCUGUACUCUCCCCGACCGCAAUAUCUCCCCCAGUGCGUCUUUCUGUCUCAGAGUCGUCAGGCUCACAGAAACCACUGGUGGCUACCACUGUGGUACCUAACACUGUGGUCGAUACCACAGUGUUGGCCAAGAGUCCGACUGUUGCGAGUGCUACACUGGGAAGUCCUGACAGUUUGUCCACAAGUAGCAGGAAUUUCCCUACAAGCACUCCGUCUGAAGCAAAGCCAUCGACAUCCACCGUUGAAAAGAAGACAGGACUAUCUCCACAGGAAGCAAGGAUUCAAAGACUAAAGGAACUCAUAAAAACUCAGGAAGACGCUGUUAACAAGCUACGGGAAAAAAGGCGUUUAGAAAUGGAGAAGAUCAGAGACCAAUCUGUAAUUUCGAAACCGGACAGCGAGGAUAACGAGUUUAAACCUGAAAGAGCUCCGCCGGCGAGAUCUUCAAGCCCUUUCGCUGUGCCUUUUCCUCCCAAGAAGAGGAUUAAAGAACAAGACUCUAGCUUCAAGAGCAAGGUGCCUAGGUCGACCGAUUCAGCUGUGAUGCAAGGAGAGGGUGCAUUUAUCCCAAACGGUGAUGACAAAUCUUUUGUGCAGUUGAUCGGGCUUGAAAAAGUUGUUAGCAAUAUCAAAUAACGCAAUGUUUGACAUAGCGUGCAACCCCCUUGUCGGCCUAAUCCCGAUUUUAGGUUAUAAAACCCUCCAAAAAAGCCCCGUAUUAACGUUUUUUCGUUAAGUUAGAAUCUCGAAGAAUUCCAUAUUACGGGAUAGAACACCACUGUUAUAACAGUUUCAACGUAUUUCUUUAAUAUCGGUCAUUAGCGUUUUUUCCUUAAUCUGUUUGCCACUGCACUCUACAAAAACACCACUGCAAAGUUACGUAACCACGGGCCUCAUUUGAGGAUGAUUUCCAGUCCGUACUGCGCAGUCUCAGCACCCCAAUGUUUGUAAGUCUAACACGAUGGAAUUCCAGUCGAUGUUAUUGGUUACGAACCCCUCCCCUUAUCUUUGAGGCAUUUUAAAUUCUUUUUCCAACAGUUUCUUUGAUUUUUACAGCUUCGAAGUUGUUUCACCAAGUGGUAUCAGAGAGAACUUCACAACCAUGUUGGCGGUUGACCUGAAACUUUGAAUCAACUUCAUGUAACUAGUGGCGAAAUGUAACAGUUUGUGAUGUCUUACAUGAAUCAAAGCAAAAUCUUAAACAAACUCUCGAGAGUACGCAGUACGGACUGGAAAUCAUCUUUAAGCGGCAUUUAGCGGUAUUGAUACUAAAGCUACAAGCUAAAAGAUCGCACGGCGGCGUGGACUAUUUUGCAUAUUCCUUUAUUUUUACACGUUAACAAAGCCCGAAACCUAUCGCCUUGCACGCUCAGUUCGGUUGGUUUGGAAAGCCAGUUGAACUUCGCGUAAAUAUCGUGAAUAUAAAGGAUAUCGACUUCAUUCUGUCGCCCGACGAAUUAGUAGCAUUAUUUUUAAAUGGUCUCAUCGUUGAGGCCACCUUCUAAAAUAUUUGCAUCUUAUUAUUUUUAAAUAAUUUAAAACUUGUUUGCAGGCUACUAAAGUGUGGUAUUAUCUUCACGUUCAAGCGACUUUUGUGGAGCGCAAACUGCGCUCAACUGUGCGAGAGAGAGAGUCGAGAAACCGCAGUUAGACUUUGAGCUGCAGAAAAAAAUUGGGCAAAUUAUCAAAUUCUUUUUGGUUUCGGAAGGCCCAUAAGGAGUUUAUUUUUAAAAAAAACUCACGUUUACAAGAAUUGUUUUAUCAUAUUAUCAAUACGGUGAUAUAAAUUUAAGGUUCACAACCGCAGCAACAACCAUAACCGGAAGGGCAAACGUGACACUCAUUUCGUGUCCAAAGUUGUAACUAGUAAGUUCAGAGGCAAUUCUAAAUGUUGUGUUUCUUCUGACGCUUGUGUUUAUCGUAAACUCAAUUAUUUCCCUUAACUGAUAUUUAGUGCAAGUUCUGAGCAUUUGAAAGAAAAUCAGGUGAAAUUCCUUA